AUGAAGGAUCAACCUUCCAGGCAUGCCCAUAAACUUAAUGCUACUUCUGGAAGUGGGCAGGUAUCAGCAAGAUGGAAUCCUGCUGAAGCAUGCAGACCCAUCAUAGAUGAAGCUCCUAUAUUUUAUCCAACUAUUGAGGAAUUCCAAGAUACCCUUGGUUACAUAGCAAGGAUACGCCCCAAAGUCGAAGCAUAUGGGAUUUGUAGGAUUGUCCCACCUCCUUCCUGGAGACCACCCUGCCCUCUUAAGGACAAAAGGGUAUGGGAACAUGCCGAAUUUUCUACACGGAUUCAGCAAGUUGACUUGCUUCAAAAUAGGGAGCCCAUGAGAAAGAAAAGAGGCCGGAAGCGAAAACGACGAGCGCAUUCAAAGAUGGGAGCUACGAGGAGACGUCCCAGUUCCCAAGGUUCUGAAACCAAUACAACUUCUGACACUGAUGAGAAGUUUGGGUUUCAGUCAGGUCCGGACUUUACACUAGAGGAAUUUGAGAAAUUUUCCAGUAACUUCAAAGAUUAUUAUUUUGGAUUGAAGGAUAUGAAGGAGGAAGUAAACGUUUAUGGGACUGAACCGAACAUGAGAUGGGAACCCUCUGUGGAAGAUAUUGAAGGCGAGUAUUGGCGAAUCAUUGAGCGGUCUACAGAUGAGGUUGAGGUAUGCUAUGGGGCUGAUUUGGAAACUGGAUUAUUUGGGAGCGGGUUCCCAAAAGCUUCAUCUUCCAUCGGCAGUAAACCAGAUCAAUAUGUGUCUUCGGGUUGGAAUUUAAAUAACUUUCCGCGCUUGCCGGGUUCCCUACUAAGUUUUGAGGGAUGUGAUAUCUCCGGAGUUCUAGUUCCAUGGCUAUAUAUAGGGAUGUGCUUCUCAUCAUUUUGUUGGAUGUUCAAAUUGAGAAGUAAAAUACACUGCAAGGAUUACAGAAGCGAGAAGCACGUUGGGCUUGGGAACAUUAAUCAGCAAAUCUAUGAAUCAGCUAGUCUUAGACCCUAA